GAGACACUGCACGCGCAACAGUGCUGCACGCGCAUGACCAAUGCCGCCUUUUUAGAUUGUUCACUAGGUUUUGACACACAGCCAGUGUGAUUUAGAGAAGUGUACUCCGAAAUGAUGUGUGGUUGAACAUGACAGGCCCGAUGACUCUUAUGCUUUCCUCACCACAAACCAACUCCGUGCGAGAGUUUGUGCUUGUGCGUUGGCUGGUGUCAAUGCUGCUUCACACAGCGCAUCUUCCUCAUUAAAACACCGGACAUAUGAGCACAAGGAACUUGACAAAUGCGACCUCCAUCACUCAGUAACAAUAUAACUUCCCGUAAAGGACUCAACUUAUAAAAAGGAGACGUGCUUGUUAUGGUCUGAAUGGGGAUGUUGUGAAAAAACCGCCUGGACGUCGCCACCAAAACUUCGAGGGAGCCUCAUUAAUCUGUCAGCAAUUCAUCAUUUUUUAAAUUUAAUCGGCUAUGGAUCCACCUGAAAGCUCAGGGAACCGCAUUGGUCGCACUAUUUGGACCGUUUGGGGUUAUCUGUCAGGGGCUGUUGCAAGAUAUCUCAGACCGGAAGUCACAGAUGAAGGAAACCAAAGUGUUCAUACCAGAACAGAAGAUAUUGACUUGAAAAGUGCAGUAAACAAGAUUAACAAAGAAGUAACGGCAAAUAAUUUCACCAAUGAAGGGAAGAAAACUAAUCAAUUUGACAGUGCAGAGGUCAAGUGUUCCCCAACUAAUGUCAGAGUGCAAGUGUCUUCUGUGCCGUGGGAAAACACUGAUGUGGUCAAGGAUGACAGUAAUGAUGAACUUCAUGUUCACACCACAAAAAAACAAGCUUACCAUUGUGCAGUGUGGUCCACUGGGACUGAUACAGACAACGAAGGACGCAUGGUUGGCGCAUGUGUUGAGAAAGAAGCAGUUUCAUCCGAUGAGGUUCAGGCGGAAAAAGUAUAUGCAAACAAUGAGUGUAAGGAGAGUGAAACUGCACACGAGUUGGAAGAAACUGGUAAGACUGAACAAAAAUAUGGUGACAAUGAAGAUAAAGAAGAGCGUGAUCAGAAUCAUGACGAUGAAAAGUGUGCAAAGAAGAGAGAAGAUGCAUAUAAGACAGACGUAAUGGUCCAAUUUGAGCAAGAUGUAGAACAGGAAAAGCAGAUAAACAUGGCGGACCAUGGAGAGACAGAAGGCAUUGCAGGUUUUAAACAUGCAGAUGAACAUCUAAUUGAAGAAAAGGAGAACGAUUUAGACCAGAAGGAUCAGGAGAAAACUGAGAAUGAUGAAGAACAAGGACUUGAAUCACAAGUUCAAGAUUUGCGGAAGAGUGAAGAUCCAGAUAACGCGGACGUUAUGGUCCAAUGUGAGCUUUAUGGACAAGAUGUAGAACAAGACAAACUGAUAAACAUGAUGGAUCAUGGAGAGACAGGAGGCAUUGGAGGUUUUAAACAUUCAGAUGAACAUCCUAUUGAUGAAAAGGAGAAACAAAUUGUUGACCAGAUGGACCGGGAGAUGACUGAGAAUGAUGAAGAACAAGGAACUGAAUCACAAGUGCAAGAUUUGCUGCCACAGCUGGAAUAUUUUAAAAAAUAUUCUGAUGAAAUUGCUUACGUCUCUAAAAACGAGGUUGAGGAGAUGAUGCCUGAAACUAGAAGUGCGACUGAGCAGGAUAAGGAGAAUGAAACUGUACAGGACUUGGAAGAAAUUGGGCAGCUUAAACGAAACGAUGGUGACAAUGAAGAUAAAGAAGAUUGUGAUCAGAAUCAUGAGGAUGAAAAGUGUGCAAUGAAGAGUGAAGAUCUGGAUAACGCAGACGUAAUGGUCCAAUCUGAGCUUUAUGGACAAGAUGUAGAACAAGACAAACUGAUAAACAUGAUGGAUCAUGGAGAGAUGGGAGGCAUUGGAGGAUUUAAACAUGCAGAUGAACAUCUUAUUGAUGACAUGGAGGAACAAAUUGUUGACCAGAAGGAUCAGGGGGAAAUUGAGAAUGAUGAAGACCAAGGAACUGAAUCACAAGUGCAAGAUUUGCUGCCACAGCUGGAAUAUUUUAAAAAAUAUUCUGAUGAAAUUGCUUACGUCUCUAAAAACGAGGUUGAGGAGAUGAUGCCUGAAACUAGAAGUGCGACUGAGCAGGAUAAGGAGAAUGAAACUGUACAGGACUUGGAAGAAAUUGGGCAGCUUAAACGAAACGAUGGUGACAAUGAAGAUAAAGAAGAUUGUGAUCAGAAUCAUGAGGAUGAAAAGUGUGCAAUGAAGAGUGAAGAUCUGGAUAACGCAGACGUAAUGGUCCAAUCUGAGCUUUAUGGACAAGAUGUAGAACAAGAAAUGCAGAUAAGCAUGAUGGACCAUGCAGAGAAAGAAGGCACUGGAGGUUUUAAACAUUCAGAUGAACAUCCUCUUGAUGAAAAGGAGAAACAAAUUGUUGACCAGAUGGACCGGGAGAUGACUGAGAAUGAUGAAGAACAAGGAACUGAAUCACAAGUGCAAGAUUUGCUGCCACAGCUGGAAUAUUUUAAAAAAUAUUCUGAUGAAAUUGCUUACGUCUCUAAAAACGAGGUUGAGGAGAUGAUGCCUGAAACUAGAGGUGCGACUGAGCAGGAUAAGGAGAAUGAAACUGUACAGAACUUGGAAGAAAUUUGGCAGCUUAAACGAAACGAUGGUGACAAUGAAGAUAAAGAAGAAUGCGAUCAGAAUCAUGAGGAUGAAAAGUGUGCAAUGAAGAGUGAAGAUCUGGAUAACGCAGACGUAAUGGUCCAAUCUGAGCUUUAUGGACAAGAUGUAGAACAAGAAAUGCAGAUAAGCAUGAUGGACCAUGCAGAGCAUCCUAUUGAUGAAAAGGAGAAAAAAAUUGUUGACCAGAUGGACCAGGAGAUGACUGAGAAUGAUGAAGAACAAGGAACUGAAUCACAAGUGCAAGAUUUGCUGCCACAGCGGGAAUAUUUUACAGAGGAAGCAGAUGACCUUGCAAAGCCUGAAAGGCUGAAAGUAAUGGAAAAAUAUUCUUAUGACAUUGAUGAAUUCUCUAAAAAAGGGGUUGAGGAGGUAAUGCAUGAAACUGAGCAGGAUGAAGACACCACAGAAAGUGAACAAGACACGACUAAAUAUGAGCUAAUGGAGUCAGUAGAAACCCUGCAGAGAGUUUCCGAAGAACUAUCUGAAAAAAAAGUACCAAAUGUUGAACUGAAAAUGACCACAGUAGUGGAUGAGUUUUUCGAAACCGUUGAUACAUUAGAAGACACCCUGCUGUCGGAUUCAAAACAGGAUACUUCAGAAAAUACUCCUGUAACAGGAACUGGGUCACCUGUUGUGGCCAUGAAAACUGAAGGCAUGUUUUCAGAUCUAAUUGUUUGCGAGUUCCCUGGAGAAUUGAGGAAAGGGCCAGAGACUGCAUUGGCGGAGACUGAUUUGGGAUGUUUUGAGGAGAUCAAAACUAACCUACAUAAUCCCCAAACUCUUGCAGAAGAGCAAGCAGAAAGGGAAGCUGUGAUCACAUGCUCUGUUGAGCACUCUGAGACCCUGAAAGCAGUUGAUGAAGCAGUUGAGACUGAACAAGACAUUGAAACUUUAGGUACAACAGAAAGUCAGGCACAUCAGGAAAUAGAUAAAACCGAGUUCUCACUCAAAGAACAUGUUGAUUUAAGAACUGAACUGAUGGAAGAAACAACUGAAACAAAGAUCAGUUCAAAAGAUGAGGAAGCAGAGCCCUCCGAGAAAGAAAAUCAAUCAUCAGUCAUCAGAAAUGUCACUUUACAGUCACAUGAGCUUCUUGAGUUCACAGAAGGAGAAUGCAAAUCAUCUCUAGGAACAAUGGACACUUUCAAUGAAUCACUAGGAAAUUCAAGUAUGUCUGAAAUCGAGAUUAAACAUGUUGCAGAGGAGCAAACAGAUGUGAAACCUGUAUUAACAAGGUCUUUGAGUCCAGCAGAGUUUCUGGAGGAAACUCUACAUCUGCAGGGUGAAUCAGAGCGAUGCGCUGAAGAGCAGGAGAUCCUGGAGACUGCUUUAGAGUAUGUAGAAGGAAUAACAAAUCAAGUCUUGAAGGAAAUGAUAGAAACAGAAAUUAACUUCGUACAAGAAACAGAACCUUUGGCAGGACCUUCAACAGAAGAACCUGGCGAUGCAGAAUAUCAAAGACCUGCACAAUGUGUGUCAGCUGAUGCUUUUGUCCUGGAAGAAGAAGGGAAGUUAUUGGGUGAGACAAUGGACAGUAAGGUAGAAAUGGAGGUGGAAACCACAAGUAGUGACGUUCUUAAACAAACCGAGCAACAUAUUAGUUCACCAGAGUGUGAAACUACUGAAGCUGAUGGACGUCGUGAUCAGAUACAGAAGGUCAUUGCUGGAGAAACAGAGUUGAGUAGUCAUGAAGACUUAAUGGAAGUCAGCAGAUCUGGGAUGAAAAGAGGAUUUGAUUCAGUGAGCAAAGACCUUCCAGAGGUGAAGACAGAAGGCAAAUUAUAUUUGUAUCUACAGGCAUUUGAGGAAUCAUCUUUGGACUUUACCGUUCAGAAGUCUCGAAUUGCUGUGAAGAAUCCCCUAGUUCGGCCUCCCAAAGACCCCAGAAGGCUCCUCUUCAAGGCCUCGGUCGAACCUCUUGUCCCACAGCCUUCACCAUGUAGUCAGAAGGUUGAAGUCUCUCUUCCAAAUAAAGGGGUAACUGGAUUUAAACUUCCAGGACUGGGUGCAGCGCUGCCAGUAUUGAGAAAAACUGAGUUUGGGAAGAAAGCAAGAGAAGGAGGAGCAGCAGAGAGAACACUGCAACCACAGCAAAAGUCAGUUGCAGUAACAGAGGAUUCUGUCAAACAAGAGCAAGUGCCAGCUAAACCCAAAUGGACACCGCCAAGGCAUCCUGGUAUGGGGAGUCCCUUCAUGAUGGCAGAACUCAAAAGCAAACUCAAAAAGCCUGUUCAGGAGUAAUAAUAUAUUUUCAGAUGCAUUCUUCACCCGUUUUUAUUUGUCUUAUUCAAGCACUAUGCAGCCUGGUAAAUAUUAUGGAAAGUUAUUCUAACUCCUCAGCUGCCGCACAACAUUUCAUUUUACUUCCACUAUUUUGUUUGCUUCUAUCUUAAGAAUCUAAACUGCGCACAGACAUUUCUCAUGCAUUUUUCUUAAGAGUUUAACUGAGUAUGUAUUUAUAUUUGAAGGGGGGGAAAGUAUAAGGGAAAUGAUUACAUACUAAAUAUCAAUAAACAUUUUUGCACUUUUUUGCAGCACUUAAACUUUGACUGUAGUUCAAACUGUCAUAUCCAGUGUUUAUCACUAGGGGGCAGCAGAGAAUCACUGCUGGACGACUGCUGUCGUUUCGCCACUAGAGGGCAGAACAGAGUCGCUGGCUGUCAUAUCACAUUUAAAACUAUUUUAUUGCUAUUUGUUAUUGUUAUAUUGUAUAUUUCUUUUUCUUUUUCUUGCCAUUUCUUUCUAUGUGUAUAAUUAUUUGGCAAUAUUGUAUGUAAACAAUCAUGGCAAUAAAGUAUUUUGA